UACUAAUUUACUGGCUGACAUAGUUUUCUCCUCAAGUAUCUUGUGCUUAUUUCAAUACAAAGCUAAGUAUUCAAUCCCUCGAAGCUGGUGUGAGAGUAUUUAUAAAGUCUACACCAUCAGUGCGUAACAAACGUCUCCGCUAACGUGUGUAUUCGUGGACUUACUGGUGAAAAGAAUAUCCAUUUCAGCAAAUUGUGUGUUUUCGAGGUUCAUAUUAGACAAACUUCAACAUGCCAGAUGGUUGUGAUAUUGGCUCGUGUUCCAAACAAUGCGGUGGAGGAAAGUGUUGUUGGUUUUCCAAGAAAUACAUCUGCUUUGGACGCUGCAACCGACAUGCCUGUCCACGACCACCGCCUCCCACACCGCUGCCAGAAACGACAACAUCACAUUUUUUAACAAGCUCCACAGGAUCACCAAUGAAUACAAGCGCUAUUUCGUCCCCAUUUUCUUCGAAAGAAGAAUCGUCACCAACAGAAGGCAUUUCAUCAGGUGAAGUGGUUGCAAUAACUGCGGGCUGCUGCAUAUUUCUACUGGUGAUUUUACUACUGAUCGUCCAUCUUUUAAGAAGGAGGUCGAGAUCUAAGCCCACUUCGACCGGUAGAGUUGAGGGACCAACUGUGGUAAAUAAACUGUAUGAGGCGAAUCCAAAUAGCCAUUACCUAACUGUCAUCUAUAACGAGCAAGACAAGCAUGCCCAUUGUUCUGCCAACGGCGAGAACUUUCCCGGAACAAGCGGUGCGCUUCCAUCAAGUGAAACUAUUGCAUCAUAUGAAAUGCUCAAUCAAUAUACUGAUAUAGAUGAUGGAGAUGUGCAUAGUGUUGUUUAUACACCCUACGAUGAAGUUGAUAUUAGCUGAAACCUCUGAUGUUUUGUCACAGUUAUUUCAUUAGAUACAUUAAUGACAUUGUUUCAAAAUAAGAUUAUAAAGAAAACAACAAUAAAGAUACCCCUCAACAAGGACUACGCCGAGGUGAUAUGGCCAGGGAAUAGCCAAUACAUACAUUUAUUUAUACGAAUCAAUGUGUCCCAGUUACAAGUAUAUUGUUCAUACACUUCCGGCUAUCAAUUAAUAUAUUCUAUCAAAAUCUUAUAUCUGCUCCCUAAAAUGCUAAAAUAGUACUGCGGAUUAAUUGAGAGUGUCUA